AUGCCAAAAAUUGCGCUAUACGAAAUCCCACACAACAUCAAGUACCACCUUGGGCGUAAGCAUGGCCGAUUAUUACAUAGCCCUAGGCAUUGCAGUCAUCGCAAGCCCUGUGGCCGCGCCAUGGCAAUGCCGAGUUCAACAAGCUCCUCAUCUCUUUUCUCAUCUCACGAUUCAUCGGGCGCGUCAAUUCUGGGUCCAAUUCUAGGUUCAAUUGUGGCGGCUAUCACUGAUAUGGCGGCGCCAGCGAUAAAGGGGUCCAGGUCCGGAAGGGCUCCGAAUCGCGACAAACAAAGAGCAGCGCAUGAGCGGGUGCUCCAGGCUGACUAUUUCGGUCUGGAUGGGAGGCCGCCAGUGUUCAGCGAGGACGAGUUCGAGAGAGACUUCCGCAUGCCCCGAUCUGUAUACCGCGGCUGCGGGCAGGAGUAUUGCACAACAUGCCGCAGUACUUCGAGCAGCGCGCUGACGCAACCGGUUUGCUCGGGGCAAGCACAGAUCGGAAAGUUGUUGCAGCGAUCUGGCAACUGGCAACCGGAGUGUCUGGCCAAGCGAUCACCAAGUACAACCGACUUUCAAAGUCCGCAAACGCAGAGUGCUCGAAGAGCUUUUGCAAGGCUGUCGUCUCGCACGCGGAUUUCCAGGGUGUAUUGGCGUUUGUGA